UACACAGACCAUGACUGCAGUGAAGAGUGUAUGAACCGUGCUACAAUAACCAGUUUAUCAUCGUCCUGAAAGUACUUCAAAAUGUCUAACAGUGUCGACGACGUCAAGCCCAGGAAAGGAAGACCGCCCCAACAGAAGGCACUCGCAACAGCCCUGUCAAAGCCAGCUAUCGCCGUUUCAACCAGCGUACAGCGUGUCAACUCCAGGAAGGGAGCGCCCAAGAAGGUGCAGGCAACAACAAGCGCUCGUCGUAGUACUCAGCAACUACGACAGCGUCAAGUUGCAAGGACACCGACCAGGAGCUCAGCUGAUCAGAUAGCGCUGACUAACACUAUCUCGAAUGAACCAUUUGGUGAUCCCAAGUUCAUUGCUAAUAUCUUACCCUGGAUCUGUGAAAUUGAUACAACGAGGUUUCGACAUGCUGUGCAGGGCAAAUGCGUGUUCAUAAGUAUAACGGAAAUUGAGACAUUGCUGCGUCUGGAGAAAUACGAAGGAAAGGAAAAGCAUAAUUCUCACAUCAUCAGUCUUAUUCGUCCUGGAGGCACAUUUGCUUAUAAACUGCUCUGCAAUGCAAUCCAUGACUUGGGUCCACUGUACAAUGAAAAGUACCAAGAAAUGCUUCUCCUGUUGCCCGUUGACCAGCGACCAACGGCCAAGACAUCAUCUCAUGAGACAGGUAAUUGAUAUGUCCGGAAUGGGGUUGGUCACAAGAAUGGUCUUGGGAUGUGGAUGUACCACAUACAGUGUGAUGCAGUAGUUGAUAUGUCCAGAAUGGGGAGGGUUUCAAGAAUGGUUUUUGGGGUGUGGGUAUACCACUUACAGUCUGAACGUCCCCUAUUUAAAUAUAAACAUUGCCAUCAAUCAAACUUCUGCUGUCAAGGGAAAUUUUAGUUUUGUACCUUACCAGCAGAAUUAAACUCAUUACACCAAAGUAUAGUCUACAGUACAUUCAGAAAAAGAUGAUAUCCUAGCUUUUGGCCAGAAAUGGGUCAAAUUUUGAGUUUUUUCUCAAUUUUUUUGCAAUCCCCCAUGGAAUCCUCUUCCAAUUGUGUUUUUGAAGUCUAUUUCUCCAAAAAUCAAGCCAUAACAAGAAUAGGAUUUCGGCCGGGUUUUGCCCCCAAAGCACUGAAUUGGGGAAAAACCAUGAAAAUCCAACCCGUGCACUCCACUUGCAGAACAGUGCAUUUGAGGUUCAAACCCCAGUUGAGGUACCUUUUUUGGACCCUUUUCAAGUUUCGAAUCUCGCGUCACUGGCGAAAUCACCAAGCACGAGUGCUCUCCGGGGCCAGCGCUCAUCUUUUUCUGAAUGGACUGUAGCUAAAAGCGAACUGUACCCCUCUUGCGGCCGCGAUACACAACAGAAGGCCAGCUGUGUAGUAGGAGAGAAUACUUUGUUCUUUCUCCAAGGAGACGUCUGGACAACUGACGUAUGACAACUGACAAGUGAAUAUUAUCCAGGAAAGUGGUGCACUCAUCAGGGCAAAAGUGGUGCGCUUAUCAGCACAAAAAAUGCACGGGUAAGCGAUACAAUGCUGUCCCAAUGGGGACCAGUGCGAGAAGUGUGUACAGAGCGGGUGACUAUAAAUUCGACGGGGCACGACGGGACGGGACGUAAGGAUCGACGGGAAGCGACGGGACAGUCUGACGGCGUCCAAUGUGAACACCAGGAACGGGAACGCAGCCGUACUGCCGUACAGAUCGGGAAGCGACGGGAAGAGUUGGAUCGAUCCAACUUUUCAUACCGUAGACGGGCGUAGACAGGGAUGCAAGUGUACAAACCAGCUGCAUUUUGAGUGUGAACAAGAGACGGCGUUGUGCGCCGACUACUCCCGAUUCGUACUUGAGAAAUUUUUAGCAUUUCGAACACUGUGCUUCCCAUGAUAACUCGCAGAAUGGCUAACACGACUUGAGUUGAAUUUUUGCAAGAUACGGUCUGGUGUCACUUAUGGUACUUUGGUAUAGUUCAGGAGCGUGACAGACGAACUGUUUUAUCAUUCCCUGGAGCUAUAAUUUGAAUGGCACGCCUUUCGAUGCUACUUUUUUGGUGUUCAUGAAAUACUGGUAUUGUGAACUUGAUUCCGCUUCAUUCAAGGAGAAAUAAUUGAAAAGAAAUACCGAAAAUAAGAAAAUAGGUCCAAAGGUCACCCUGUCAUGGGCCGUGCCUUAUGACUGGCGUCAUUCGCUGCUGAACGACAAAACGACUGCAGCAUGUCGUGUCGUACGAAUCGUACAAGAUUUUACAGUUCAUCCCAGCCUUCCCGACAGGAGUUACGUCCCGUACCGUCAGCGUUCCGUCGAAUGUGAACUAGGCUUUAUGCAUGUGAGUACACACCUGUAGCAAAAGCGCAGCAGCGUGUACCACGAUUCAGCAGCAUGUACCACUAUUCAGCAGCGUGUACCACGAUUCAGCAGCGUGUACCACGAUUCAGCAGCGUGUACCACGAUUCAGCAGCGUGUACCACGAUUCAGCAGCAUGUACAACUCUAUCCCCCACCGAAAAAAGACAUGCUCUCCUGAGGAUGAAAGCAAAACAAAUGAAGCCCAAAAAAUUGAAGAAGACAGAUCGGAGAAGAGAGAAAGAUGAAAGAAAUGAGAUUGUGAAUGAGCAUUAAAAUGCGAGAAUAAAACACAACAUGUAUGACUACAAUUGUUGGACACGUGACUAGUAGGCGCACACUGGACUCCGCGAUGGGGUUACGAAAACUCACAGAGAGACAAAGACGCACACAGAAAGAAACACGGACUAACAAGAACAUCUCAACCAUCGCCAAAAAUCAGAAAAGAAAACCACACGAAGGAAUGGAAGAACAGCAAGGAAGAACACAUCGACUGAAACAGGAGCAAAUAAUCAUUGAGGACACCAGAAACCACUCAAACAAAUCGGUUACCAAUACGCAUAAAAGACAUUAAAGAAAAAAUCACACAGCGCUACCCUGAAUAGCCCCAGGUAUCCACCCUGACAACCACAGGGAUAACACCAUAAUAACACCGGAAACAUUUAGUACAUCCGCUCGCAAAGCAAAAAACCAAAACCGUCAGGCACUUAUUGUGACGCACAUGUGACAACCAGCAACACCCAGAACCCACAGCACCCGCAAGGCAAACCGAUUCAAAUAAGAGCAUGAUCCCUCCAGCCCACCAGGCAGACCGUGGUUCACCAAGAUCGGACGCUCGCCCACCCAUGUGAACUGAAGAGACCCACAUGCCGAAACACAAUACAAAAAUUAAUAAGACGCUC